AUGUCAGAAAUGAUCUUAGCUGGUAAACCCACCAUCCGUAUGGCCUUGGGAUUAAUGGGAUUAACAUUAUUUGCGGAUCAACCGGUCUCGGACGAUGUUGCCUUUGAAGUCAUCAAGACUUCUUUGGAUGCCGGUGCUACUCACCUUAACUCAGCGAUGUUCUACGGUUCCCCGUCAGAUAAAUUAUCGAACCUCAAAUUGCUAGGGAGAUUCUUCAAGGCGUACCCUCAAUACAAGGAUAAAGCGAUAUUGGGUGUGAAAGGUGGUAUGACAGGUGCUUUUGCAGGAUGUACAGGAGAUAUCGAUCACUUACGAAAAGAACUUCUAACCGCCAAGGAAUUGUUGGGUGAGAAGGAAAUUGAUAUUUUCGCUUGUGCGAGAGUACCUGAUGAUCGUCCAUUCGAAGAAACAAUCAAGAACCUCGUCCAACUCCAGUCCGAAGGUUUAUUCCGAACUAUCGGCUUGUCCGAGACGUCCGCUUCAUCCAUGCGUCUAGCUCAUCAGAUCGCAGGAAAGCUCAUUUCAUCCAAUGAGAUUGAAGUUUCACUUCAGACCUUACUUGACCCCUUGAUUGUAGAAAGUAUCAAAACUGCCGAGGAAUUAGGUAUAAUCAUCAUUGGUUAUUCACCUUUCGGACAUGGUUUGUUAUCUGGUCAAACUCCCUCUGGAGAAGGGGAUUGGAGAAAUCAUCUACCCAGAUUCCAAAAAGAAAACCUUGAUAGGAACCUUGCCCUGGUCAGAGAUUUGGAGGAUUUGGCAAAGAAGUCUGGAAGGAAAUUGACAGAAGUCAUCUUGGGUAGUAUGAUUGCUUAUAGUCCUAAUAUCCUCCCUUUACCAGGAUCCAAGAGCCCCAAAAGAGUAGCAGAGAAUAACGCAGCUGCGCAAGUGAAACUCUCAGACGAAGAGAUGAAAGAGAUCUUCGAGAUACUCAAUAAGAAUCCGGUAAUUGGUACGAGAUAUCCUGAAUUCGGUAUGGGAGCUUUGGUAAGUGUUUUUUUACUCAUAGUGCUCACAGGAUGUCAUAUGUUGACUUGCUUGUGGUUCACAAUGUAG